GCGCGGGCGCUGCCGGAAGCUGGGGCGGGGCGCCGCGCGGGAUGCGCUGAAGGGCGAGCGGCGCGGUGGCGGCGAUGAGUGCCUCUGCGGCCACCGGGGUCUUCGUGCUGUCCCUCUCGGCCAUCCCCGUCACUUAUGUCUUCAACCACCUGGCGGCCCAGCACGAUUCCUGGACAAUUGUAGGGGUUGCUGGCCUCAUCUUGCUCCUGGUAGCCCUGCUGGCUCGCGCCCUGGUCAAAAGAAAACCACCCCGGGACCCACUGUUCUAUGUGUAUGCAGUUUUCGGAUUUACCAGCGUGGUGAACCUCAUCAUAGGCUUGGAACAGGAUGGAAUCAUUGACGGGUUCAUGACACACUACUUGAGAGAGGGUGAACCGUAUCUGAACACCGCGUACGGGCACAUGAUCUGCUACUGGGACGGCUCUGCUCAUUAUCUAAUGUAUCUGGUGAUGGUGGCGGCCAUAGCGUGGGAGGAAAGUUAUAGAACUAUUGGCCUCUACUGGGUUGGAUCUAUUAUCAUGAGCAUUGUUGUUUUUGUGCCAGGAAACAUUGUGGGGAAGUAUGGAGCCCGCAUUUGCCCUGCUUUUUUCUUAAGCAUACCAUAUACUUGUCUUCCUGUCUGGGCUGGUUUCAGAAUCUAUAAUCAGCCAUCAGAAAAUUAUAAUUAUCCCUCAAAGGUCAUUCAAGAAGUCCAAGCCAAGGACCUGCUGAGAAGACCAUUUGAUUUAAUGUUGGUCAUGUGUCUCCUCCUGGCAACUGGAUUUUGUCUGUUUAGAGGCUUGAUUGCUUUGGAUUGCCCGGCUGAGCUCUGCCGAUUUUAUACGCAAUUUCAAGAGCCCUACCUAAAGGAUCCUGCUGCUUAUCCUAAAAUCCAGAUGCUGGCCUAUCUGUUCUAUUCUGUCCCUUACUUUGUGACUGCGCUUUAUGGCUUAGUGGUUCCUGGAUGCUCCUGGAUGCCUGACAUAACACUGAUGCAUGCUGGAGGUCUAGCUCAGUUCUUUGGGAGACAUUUCUGCAUAUGCAUGUUAUUCAGAUCUUGCAAUAACUACGUGGUAGCUGUGGCAGCCAGCUCUACAGGUGAGGAAGCUGAGGCCCAGUGAGGUUAAUGGCGUGUCCCAGGUCACACACACAGCAAGGGGCACCGUUGGUGCCCAGUGCUGUCUCCCGGUCUCUGAACACCAUGGCUACUAAACAAGAAUUGAGAGCCGUCAUCUUUGAGAUGUCUGUCUCACACCGAAGAUGUCAGAAUUCUGUUGUGCCGCACUGCACUGAGCCAGGGAAACUGGGUUUGAGAACAUCCUGUUCCCAGUCAUGCCAUUCCUUCCCCCUGCUACUCAGUCAAGGCCCUGGCCUCGAGCACGGGUUCAGUGAAUGCUUAUUUCACUGAACUGGAAAUACAAUUAUCUAUGGAAGUGUAUUAUUACCCAAAGUACAUUUUUACAAGGUAACAGCAAGACAAACUGAUCUUAUGAACAAGGAAGAAAAUUAUUAAAUAAUUUUAUCUUUUCCCCCUUCUCACUAUAAAUAAAAAAGAAACAAAUGAAUCCAUCUUGUAAAAUCAUUCUCUUGCAUCUUGCUCUUUUCGAGCAGGCCUCAGAAUGAGGCUCAUGUGGAAGCGGCCAGAACAUACAGUUAAUUUUAGUCAUGGUGCAGGACCUGGGACAGUACAACAGCACUCUGCCAUUUACAGGCUGGAAAAACAGCUAUAGGAUUCAUGGGUUAAUACUUUAGGCUCUUCCCAGUCUGAGGUAAUUCUCAAUUACAGAAUUUGAGUAUUAGUAUCAAAAAAGUUGGUACAGCCUCCGGAAGUAAGGGUUCCUGUUCUUUCCUUGAAGGACUUAAGAGGGAAGAGAACUAAUAUUUACCCUCUUGGCAGACCUCUGAAUAGCCGAUUCCUUAGGCCAGGGUUUCAGCCUUUAUUUCCAUAUCUUCCAAUACCAACUAUAAGCUGACUUCCAAUUUUCUGUCUUUAGGCCAGACUGUUCCUAGACUCCUAGACCUAAUCCCAGACUCAGUCUUUUCACUUGGCUGUCUUGGAGUUAGUGUCUAAAAUAGGACUCCUGACCUUCCCUACACCUUACCCCCAUUUCCACCAUCCCUGCAAACAGCCCUUCCCAUUCCCUCACCCCUACAUCUAGCCCGUCACAAGGCCCAGUUAGUUCUGCCUCCAUAGGAAUCUGCAAACCCAGCGCUUACGCUCAUGGUCCCACAGUGGUCUGCACUCUCACCUCCUUACUUUACGGGAGGCAAAGCAGGCUAAGUGUUGUACUUACUUAUCUGUAAGGAUGGGCUGUGUGCUCUGCUGGAGUAGGAAAUACACAGGGGCUUAACACAAUGAAGUCUCCUUUCUUGCUUGGGCAAAGAUCACGUGGCAUAUUUUCAAGAGCCAGGCCUGGCACCAACCCAACUGACUGCACGGGAAGCAGAUGAAUGUGGGCUUCCUGUGUGCCCCAGAAGAAACAGUGUGACAAACACAGCAUUACCCCUGCAGUUUUGUUUUGUUUUUUUAAAGCCUUACUUAAAAGAUAAGCAAGCAGAGGCUCAGGGCAGUUUAUUACUUGCCUGGGGUCAGAGUUACUAAAUAGCAGAAGAGGGAUCUGGAAUCCUGUCUGA